AUGAAGACCUCCACUUUCUUUGCCCUUCUCUCCACCGCCGUUGGUGUCCUGGCUGCCCCUGCUGAGGAAGCCGUCCACGGUCCUCGCCGCGCCCCUGUCAGCGGUCCGUUUGCCAAGGACCGCAAAUCUAGAUUCGGCGCCCAGAACGUCCAGAGCCCAUGGGGAGGUUCUGUCCAAGAGGGCCGUGGCUGGCGCACAGUUACCGGCACCACUGUCAUUCCCAGCGUGACCAACCAGAGCCCCAGUGCCGGCGCUGCUGCGUGGGUUGGUAUUGACGGCUACUCCUGCCCCAACGCCAUCCUCCAGACAGGUGUUGUCGCCUGGGGUAACGGCGAUGUCGAGGCCUGGUACGAAUGGUACCCCUACGACCCCGUCUACUACGGCUCCCGAUUCCCCGUCAAGGCCGGCGACAACAUCCGCAUGAGCGUCAAUGCCACCUCGUACAACUCGGGUACUUCGACUCUUGAGAACUUGACUACUGGUGUGUCCGUCACCACGCCCUACAACAACAUGGGCUACUCGCUCUGCCUCAACGACGCCGAAUGGAUCAUUGAGUUUGGCGGCGGUGCUACUGCUUUUGCUGACUUUGGCACCUGGGAUAUCCGCAACACUGGUGCUAGCGGAGACAACGGCCAAGCCAGUGCUAAUGGCGGCCGCAUCACCAACGUCGUCAUCAACAACCACCAGUACACCCAGUGCGGCGCCAACUCUAACGGCAUGCGCUGUGUCUGGCAGUAAAUUCUCCAAAAGGGGGGGUUUGGAAGCUGCACGUACAUACAAAAUAAAGACGACUACCUCAUCUGAAUGAGUGCGAAUCCUGGAGAUUGCUGAGACCUUGACAACGCGAACCAUGACCCAUUGCAAAUAACCACAUAAAUAUAUAAAUACAUACCUAUUCCUAACCACUACAUUUUCAACAAACCCUAUUAUUGAACCUAUUUCGACAAUUAAAAAACGC